UGUAUUUGCCUCCUUCUUCCUCUCACGCACUCCGUGACUCGGAAGGAGUGUUGGCCCCGUUGUCCCCAACGGGCCUCCGCUCGCUCGUUCGCUCGGUCGCUCUCUCGCUCUCUGCCUCCCAUCUCCUCACAGUGAGGGAGGCUCAAGCACUGGGCUGAAGACGAGGAAUACUCCGGACCGGCCUUUAGAGGGCCGUCUGACCGAGUUCUGACUCGCUCAAUCCGCGCUGCUCUCGCUCGCUUCGAAGAAUGACACCCGGGACUGCACACAGCCACCCUCCAUCCCCACACCACAGAUCCCCACACCCACCCACCCACUGGCGGCACGAAAGAACAAUUCAAUCAGUGAACAACCCGCUCGCUCUAAAUCCCCUCUCCGUGUCAGACAGGAAAGGGCGUGUCCAACUAGCCGGGUAACAGCCAGUCAACCAACCAGCCACUCCUCCUCCUUCGGUGUGAAUCGGACCCACCAUUAUGCGGAGGGAUUGAAGGGUAGAUGGUCAAAGGGUGAUUUUGUCCCAUUGGUCCCAUUGGAUACUGGAAAUGAUGUUGGCUUUGUAUUUGCGCUCGUGUCUGCUCGCCUGGGCCAGCCUCUACCUCGGAUUAGCUUUCCUCGGCGGGUUGACCCAUGUCUGGGUGCAUGCCAUGGGCGUGGGCGCCCUCCUUUGUCUUCUGUCCUAUUUUCGCCUUCCACCCCCUGAUCCCGAAAGUAGUCAUGCGCUCUUGGGACUGGAUCCUCGCAAUCUGGACGGAUCACCCGCUAAAGCGGCUGGCGCUCGACUCGGCCUAGGUGUCAUCGCUCACCGUGCGGCCGGCGAAGACGCGCCGGAAAAUAGCCUCAGUGCUGUGCGGCUAGCGGCCGAAAAAGGGGCCCGGUGCAUUGAAUUCGAUGUGGCCUUCACGGCCGACGGUCAAGCUGUGGUCUUGCACGACGAUACCGUCGAUCGCACCACGGAUGGUCGUGGGCCCAUUCAGAACAUGACUUGGGAGGAGGCUCAACGUUUGGACGUGGCCGCUCACCAUGUGUUGAAAGAGGCGUUCUCGCCCGAACGCCUGCCCAGCGUGGAUGCUUUCGUGAGUGAGUGUCUUGCUUUAAACUUGAAGAUGAUCAUGGACCUCAAGAGCUAUCGGGAGCCGGAGAAGACGGCCCGCUUUGCCAUCGAGCUGUUUCAGCGUUUCCCCGGCCUAUAUUCUCGAAUGCUCGUUUCGUCGUUCUUUCCCCAUUUGAUCUAUUUGAUCCGGCGGCAAGAUCCCAAAAUCGUGGGUUGCUUGGCCUGGCGACCGGGCUUUCUAGCAUAUCAGCACUACGGUCCGCCUCUGAAUGGACCUCGUUUUGAUUCGCCUUUGCAGCACUAUUUGGCCCGUGCCGGGGAUGUGGUACUUCAAUGGAGCGUCCACGAGUUUCUGUGGUAUUUCUUGGGUCUCUCAGCCGUGGCCAUAGAGAAGAAUGUGCUCACGCCCGAAUACGUGCAGCUCUGGCGCGAACGCGGCGUUCGCAUCUUGGCUUGGACCGUGAAUAACUCAUUGCAAAAGUAUUAUCUGGAGAAUUAUCUCCGAGUCACUAUCAUGUCUGACAGCUUGGACCGAAUUCCCAUUGAGGAGUACAUCCAAACCACCCAACCCGAUCAUGAAAGGAGCCCAGAUUCACAGUAAGAACCUGGACUGGUUAGCGUGAGUCCGCGGCCGUUCGUCCGUCCUGACCCAAGAUCACGGAUUGACAGCCCGUGAUGAAUCCAGAUCAUGGGUGAUUGACGGCAAGAAUCAUAAUAAUCGACUGUGAAUAUCGACCAGACACUUUCUGGAUGUGUAGCUAGGCCAAUUCCGCCAAAGAAGACAAGACCUCUUUAUGUUUCGUUGUUUUGUACUUAAAACAUUCCUGAUACGAUGUCCAUGUUGUUAUUGGUUAUUUUGUUACUUUUUUCGGAAUUCAGUGUGUAACUCUAUCCGUACUUCCACUAUAUCUUACUUUUUAUAUGGCUCGAAUGAUAAGAGGCAAAAGACGUUUCAUAAUUUUUUCAUACCCUGUCAUUGAGAAAAUAUUUGCUCUUUCCAGAAAUCGCAUUGGAAAUUGACCCAUCAAUUGUGGUUGACACUAAACGUUCGAAAGAUAA